CCGCCGCGCAGGGGCUGACGGGAGGGGAGCGGGAGGGUAGCGGCUGCCCGGCCGGAGGGGCGGCGGGCGGACGGGGGUCCUGACGGGAGCGUUCACACCGGCCGGGCUUUACCGCUGUCCGGCUCAAAUUCCGCCGGGCCGCCCCGUGCGCGAGACUUGCCAUCUUACCGAGAACAAAAGGCACGGUUUUCCCGCCCAGCCUUCGGUUGCCUGGUAGCGUCGGCAAGCGGGAAUCAUGGCGGCGACGGCGGUUGCGGGCAGGACGGAGGCUGUCUCCCCGGCUGGAGGCGGUUUGGUAGUCAACUGCUCAGGUCAAGGAUUGCAAAAACUGGGUCCAACCUUACCCUGUGAUGCUGAUACUCACACUCUGAUUCUGGACAAAAACCAGAUAAUUAAAUUGGAACACUUGGAGAAAUGCAGGAAUCUGAUGCAGCUCUCCGUAGCCAACAACCGUUUGGUGCGAAUGAUGGGUGUAGCAAAACUGACUAAGCUCCGGGUGCUAAACUUGCCUCAUAAUAGUAUUGGGUAUGUGGAAGGGCUGAAGGAUUUGGUGCACCUGGAAUGGCUGAACUUGGCAGGAAAUAACCUUAAGGCCAUUGAACAAAUCAAUUCCUGUCUAUCUCUUCAGCAUCUUGAUUUGUCAGACAAUAACAUAGCUCAAUUAGGUGAUCUCUCCAAGCUUACAUCGCUGAAGACUCUGUUGCUACAUGGAAAUAUUAUAACUUCGCUUCGCACUGCCCCUGUUUGCCUACCUCAGAAUCUGACUGUUUUUUCUUUGGCAGAAAAUGAAAUCAGAGACUUAAAUGAGGUUUCUUUCCUGGCCUCUCUUCAUCAAUUGGAACAGUUAUCAAUUAUGAACAAUCCUUGUGUGAUGGCCACACCAUCUAUCCCUGGCUUUGACUACAGGCCAUAUAUUGUCAGCUGGUGUCUAAACCUUAAAGUUCUUGAUGGAUACGUGAUUUCUCAGAAGGAAAGUUUGAAGGCAGAAUGGCUCUACAGUCAAGGUAAAGGAAGAUCAUAUCGACCUGGGCAGCAUGUUCAGCUAGUCCAGUACUUGGCUACUGUUUGUCCUCUUAUAUCUACAUACGGUCUCCAGACCGAAGAGGAUGCCAAACUGGAAAAAAUACUGAGUAAGCAAAGGCUUCACCAGAGGCAGCUGAUGCAUCAGAACCAAAAUGAAGGACCACCUGCAUCUUCUACUCCCAACAAAACACUGCCAGUUAGUUACGAACACAACAGUCCAGCCCAGCCACCACAGAUAGUUCUUGAAAGUGAGCCUGUUGUCCAGAGGAAUUCUUGGGUUGGACCAAGUGCAAAUGGUGAUCAUUCCUAUGCAGUGACGAACACUUUUCUUCUUGAAAGAAGUCUUCGCAAGGAGCUAUACCUUGAAGAUAUACAGACAGAUGAAGACAAAUUGAACAGCAGCCUUUUGUCCUCAGAGUCUACUUUCAUGCCAGUUGCUUCAGGAUUGUCUCCAGUGUCUCCUACUUCAGACCUGAAUCUACGUGGAAUCAAUUUGGGCCUAGAAGAUGCUGAUACAGUGAUUGAAUGUGUGAGAGAUGUUAACGGUGGAGAAACAGCUAACAAGCAAGGAACUUCAUGUGUUACAACAGAGCACUCCAACAAAACAGUGGGAAAUGUGGAAACUCAAGAAAAUAUCAAAGAGGGUAUGCUGUUUCCACCUUCUAACCCAGUAAAAGCUGUCCUGACUGCCAAUACUAGCAACUCUUCAGCACCCUCUGAAGGACAAGUUCUGCACGGUCACCCCAGCACCUCAGUAGGUACUAAAUCAGGAGUUACAGCUCCCUGUCCUGACCAGAUGGCAGGAGAAAGUUCUGAUUCAUUAGCUGUCGUUGAUCAAGGUGCAGCUGAACUGCAAAGAAUGAAUAAAGCAGCUACAAAGCUUCAAGCCUGCUGGAGAGGAUUUUACACAAGGAACCACCAUCCCCGAGCCAAGGAAGUGCGGUAUGAAAUUCGCCUAAACAGAAUGCAGGAGCACAUCAUUUGCUUAACUGAUGAAAUAGAAAAGCUAAGAAAAGAAAGAGAAGAAGAUAAGAUUCAGAGCCUUGUACAGGAGGAAGCUGUCAGAUUUCUUUGGAACCAGGUUAAAUCCCUUCAACAAUGGCAGCUUUCAGUGACACAAAAUUUAGGUGCCACUUGGCAACCUGGGAUGCCUUCAGCCAGUACGUUCUGUCCAUCUGAACCAUCAAUUCGAUCAUCCACACUUGAGCAAGAAACCCCACCAGAUGCUAGUUCUGCUUGGAUAGCUCCAGCUAGUGACGUUCUUCAGGAAAAGUCUUUGUUGCAGUUCCCAGAUUCUGGUUUUCAUUCUUCCAUGGCUGAUCAGACUCACGAUGGUGACUUGUGUAGCUCUGAAAAGAGUUUAACAGAAGGAACUGAGAGCUCUCUUUCAGUGGAAACUGUUAAACAAUGUGGCAAUUCUGUUUCCCCAUAUUCUUCAGAUGUAGAGGAUAGCCUUGGGGAAUGUGGGCAAAGUAAAGAGAGCUCUGGCAACGAGCAGGACAAUGGACUGAUACAAGAGUAUUUGAAAUCUGUUCAGCAGCUGGAAGAGGCUGAUGAAGGGACAAAUUGCAAUGAUGAAGCAGAGAGUAGCUGGCCACAAGUCACUUUUUCAGCAGAAGGCCAAGAUUCUUCAUCUGACGCUGUCUCUGUAGAUCUCCCUGAAGAUGCAUCUUCUCAUCCCCGAGGUGAAAUCAGUCAGACAUCAGAAAGCUGCAAGCUGAAUUCAGGAAUAGUAGAUGGGAAGCAAACAGACUGUGAUUCCGCGUUUCAGAUGCUGCAUGUUGGGAUAGCUGUAUAGUAGGCUUAGUUCCAAAAUGGACUAGGGGUUCCAUUUCAUCUUCUUUUUUUUUUCCUUUUUCUCAUUUGUACAAAACUUACUUUUCAUGUGUGCUGUUUCAGAUUUUGACUCAUGUUAACAAUGUAUGUUUUCAUUAAUAUGUUUUCAUUAAUAUUUUAUUGAUGUUGCUGAGGACUGACACUGACUAUGCUAACCUGAAAUCAGUGAAGUUCUCAGUGACAGUCAUUAUGCACUUUAUUUUAAAACAUAAAACUGAUUUCCUAACAACUGGCUUCCAUUAAAUUAAUUCUGAAGAUUAGGGCUGUUGGGGGGAGUGUGUUUGCUGUACAUUCACUUUGAUAAAUGUGUUAGUAAGUCUUUUAAUUUUUCUUUUUUUUAAAAAAAUCGGGAUUGAGUUCUUACUUUGCGAAGAGAAGGAAAAAAUAUGGGAAGAAACGGAGUCAAUAUAGCAAAGUGUGUGCAUAUGGAUACAGCCUCAUGAGAAAGAUGAAAGCAGUUGCCUUUCAGCCUUCUUUUUUACUUUAACAAGAGUAAUUUGGUCAGUCUUUCAAAGAUGCAUUCCAUGAAACCAGUGUGCAAGUCAGUAACUUCUUUUUGUCAUUUUACUUGAAGCUGCUGGCUAGGAAUUAGGCCAUUCACACGUGCACUGAAACAAGGACUUACAGGAGUCAGACCUUAGGGAACUUCAAACUAACUUUGACCUUUGUUUGCCCUGGGUUUGAAUUUCCCUGCUUUCUCAGGUAAGACUCAAAGUGGAACCAGUAGCAGCCUUUACUAAAUAAGAAUUUCAAAAGGGCAUGUAAUUUGGGAACAUAGUUUUCAAGCCUGCGCUGCUGGGUUACAGCAGCAGACUUGGUGACGUGUCUUUUGCCUCCACAAGGAUGCUAAUGCCAUUUUGGGAUUUGGAUCUGCUUUCAAGACAGUGUGUUUGAUGAAUCACAACUUCUUCUACCUACAGGUAUAAAUACUAAAAGUAAAUGUCAUGACUUAAAACUGUUUUUUGACAUCUCUGUUGCUUUGGGUUUUUUUUCUCUGUCCAGUAUUUGACAUUCUAAUUAGAUGUGGAUAAAAAGCUGUAUUUCUUCCCAACUGGCAAACGUGCUAAGUUACCUAGGGCAAGGAGUAGGGUUUGCAUUUUGCCUAGCCAUUGCUAUGUGGUUUUUUUAGAGGAAAAAGAUCAGGUAUCUUAGUACACCACAAAAGUGGCAAGGGAAAUCUGUUUUGCUAUGUGAUUUGUAAUGGAAAAGUUGAUGUGACUUCUAGGGGUCAGUUAAAUUUGCUAAUACUGCAUUUUGCAAGUGUACUGGAACUGGAACAACGUGCACAGUGUUUCCGUGGUUGCUAAUAUUAACUUCUCAGCUGGGAAGACACUUGCCUAUUAGAAUUCUCUGAAUCCACAGAUUGACUUCUGAUGCUAUAGUGUGAUUAAAAUCAAAUAGUGCUGUUUUAAAGUGACUCUUACGUUACCAUGUAAAAUAGUUUAAUUUUUGUAAAAGCUUAGGUUGCUUGUCUACUUUAGGUUCAGAGCAGAAAUUUAUCACUACUUAGGAGUUUGGCAUGAGGCCAGCAUCCGCUUGAGGCCUGAAAAUAUCCUUUUUUUAGAGCAUAAAUGGUGUAUUGGACUUGUAUCAGCCAUCCACCCACUGGUGAAGUUCACCUUGGAAGAAUAAAGCUUACCUCUGCGUAUGGAUUAGCCAUCAUGUCUUUUGCCCCACCUCCAAAAGAAUAAGUUCUAGGGCAUUAACUUUUCAAAAGAGCUGUCAUUGCAAUCAAGCUGACAUCUGACUGUGCCUUGCAUACAUAAGAGCAUUUUAAAAAACCCCAAACAACUGAGGUGGUAGAUUCUUAACGUGCUAACUCUCUAACUCAGUCUAGUUACAGCACGUUUGUAGCAUAACCAUAGUCAUAAUUAGAGCAUGAAUGUGCUUGGCUAUUGUGGUGCAGGUGCAUUAAUGUAUCACAACAUCUAAUUAACUGUGCAAAGAAGUUCGUAGGCUACAUGAUCGUACCCUUGUCCUCUGAAGGUUUCUCAGCUUACAUUUAAAUCUGCUAUGCUUGGAGAUCUCUGCAGUUCAUAGGCUUUGGCUCUUUGACUGUGGAAAAUCUCAUGUAAAGCUUUAAAGAGACUUUCUUUGGGUUUGGGAGAGAAAAGAUUUGUCUGUGAAACAGUUAUUGGACCUUACACUGUGGAGGCAGUGGUUGGGUGUAACAAAACAGUAAGGUCUCUUUUGAGGCAUAUGUAAGACCUGGGAGAAAUUAGACCACUGUCUGGAUAACGUUUCACUUACUGAAGACACUAAGGGACCCUAUAUAUUUUGCUGUUUUGUAUUAUUGUAACUUUUGCUGCAGAAUUGGAAAGAGGAGAAACAACUUUAAUUUUGGAGGUAUCAAAGGGGAAAAACUUAGUGAAACAAUUUUUCAUGGACGCCCUAGAUGUUACUUGAUGUUUCUUCUGUUAUUAGGGCUUUCAAACACAAACACAAGAAGACUUAUUUUAACUAAUGCCUAAGUCAACUGUUGGCUUUUUUUGAACUUGUACAUCCAAAAUUGAUUUUUAUGAAGGCACAGCAAAGUGUGUACCAACGUAUAAUCAGUUUUAUCUUACCAUUUUGGGGAAGCUGUGAAAUAUGAAAGAUUUUUAUUCUGAUGUUCUGAAAAGUGUCUUGCAUGUGUAGAAGGUGAGUUGCCUAGAUAUACAGAAAUUGCAAAGAAUGAUGAAGCUUAUUUUUUACAAGGUUAGCUGUAAUUAGUUUGUAUAUACACAAAAUAUUUUCAUCUUGACCAUUAAAAGGCAUACAGGGAAAGACAUAAUGGGGGCAUAGAGUGGAAAAAUAAGAAAUCAAACUGGAUGCAUACUUAAAAAUGGCUUCUUUCAGUCCAUUUUGAGCUCUCAAAGAAUCAUGAUAUAGAAAUAUACAUAUAGGGCUUAACAUUUACUCAAUUGUCUGUAUAAUUUUUCUUAAUCUAGGUAUGUAAUAUUCUUUUACCUGGAUAGGGAGGCACAGCUCCCUCUGGAGAUGAUGUAAAUUUUAUAAAGAAAUCAGAAGGCCUAAUAUAUGAAAAUCCGUGUCUGAAAUUUUCCUGUAUUAAUAUUGUAUGUCUUUCAGCAUUUUCAUUUUGCAAGGCUUCACAUUCUUCAACAGAAGAAUGUACUUUGUAGAAGGAAAGCUUGUCCAUUAUGCUUUGUCCCUGGCUGAUCCUCCAGUGCUGACGGGAGAGAUUACUAAUGGUUACUUGCCAGGGAGUAUUGUCAGCUCUGCUGUGAGAAUAGUUUAAGUGCUUCUUUAAUUUGCUUGAGAAAAAAUCAGCUGAAUAUAACUCAGAGUAGCAAUUCAAACUGUGCCACAUGAGUAGUUUUGCCCCAAAUGAGGUGGCUGACACAUGCAGACCUCUUUCUGUGGCAAAAAUCAGUAUUUUGCCUGCUUUUCUGAAGGCAGGGACAAGGAAGAAGGUGGAAAUGCAUUUGUCUGUGUUUUCAGAUUCAGUCUGUGAUAGCAACACCAACGCUUUUAUGAUUACUAUUUCAUUUUCCUCCUAAUUGUUUUUAUAGGUUAUAGAAAUUUUAGUCUUUCAUGCAAUGAAGAAUGCAUUUUUUUCUAUUGUAUAUAAUAUUUGAUAGAUGCUGUUCCAAAUGGUAUUUGGAAAAGGAGAAGAAUACCAUGAAAGCAGGCUUGUUCACAUUUUAUAUUUUAAGGUUUUUUUUAAGGUAUUUGGAUUGUAUCAAUUACUCUCUUUACAAAAGAAAAACACAAGGCAAUGCCUCAUUAAUGACAGUAAGUAAAUUUCCGUUUCUGCCUUCUUCCAUGAACUGAACUUAAUGGUCACAACUCUGUUUUCAGUACCUAAAACUGUCAUUUAAGUGAACGGGAGAUUUAGCUGCUGAAUGAAAGCAGCGACUGUAACGUGUCUUUUUUUGUGGUGACUAUUCCUGUGUGGUGCUAUUUUGUAAACCAAGUGCGUUUGGCAAGGAUUGGAUUUUUAAAAGGUACUGAAUGUUAGCCUAACUCUUUGCUUUCAUUUCCUUAAAAGAAGCAGGGUCGAGCUUAAAUUGAGUCUUUGCGAGCUGGCUGUCUAAAUUGGGAUUUUUUCAUAUUUGCCUCUUCAGAAGUGUUCUUACACCACAGAGCAAGAAGGCAUUAAAACUGCAAAUUUUAAUUUGUUGCUUCUAAAACACAAAUAUCUUCCAGCAAAUACUUGAGAAAGUCUUUGUUAAACUAAAUUGCAGAAGCCUAACAUUUUGUGUAUAGUUAAGUUCCUCAACAAACUGUAGUCUACUAUUGCAUGCAGCAAUUUAAAUAAUGCACUUAGCAGCCAGUCUGUCUGUAUAUAAAAAGCAAGGGUUUUUUCUGAAUAAUGUUUGUAUGUCAUUGAGCUUGCAAAUUGUUUCUUGUUUUUAUGAACUUGUAUAUAUUGUCUGAAGAACUCCGAUCUUAAUUUCUAUUUGUAGCAGUUGUUUGAUGAACAAAAAAAUGGAAGAUACAUUCCUUUGAGACUACCUGAGACUACUUUUUACUGGGCUUGAAGUUACAGUGUGUCUCUCUCAGAUAAACUUCUUCCUGAGAGGAUAGAAUUGUAGCAUUUAGUGAGGACGGAUUGAAUGACAUUAAGAUAUAAAAACUGGUCAGUUCCCCUGCUUUUAGCUAUUGGAAAAGAGACUUUUUUUUCCUGUUGUAUUAACUUCUUUUUUUUUUUUUCCUUCUUUUUUUCCCCUGAGGACUGUGCCACCCAAAUUAAGUAAGCAUCAAGUAUUCAUUAAGUCUUUUUUCAUAGUUACAGAUUUUUUUCCCAGUUUGGUUUUCUAGGACAAGUUACUGAAAAACACUUGCUUUCUUAUAAGCCUGCCAAAAAGUUGGAACUUUCUACCUAUUUUAAAUGCUUUCUCUGUCAGGUAAUGCAAAAAGCACAGGAUCCUUUACUUGCAAAAGCGUAAAACAGUAUUUAUCAGGAAAGGUGCUUCAUCUCUUGGAAAGUGCCAUGCCAAAUUUUGUUGUAUAAGAGCUCUCAAUAAGAAACUUCUUUUCUGGCUUCAUUACAUUUAUAAGUAUACGGGCCAAAUUUACUUGUAGCAUAAUUCUACUGAACUAAAUUUUGUGGAGUCUUUCACAUUAGUAUUCUACCUCUAAACUAGAAUCUGAAAAACAAAACAAAAAAAACCAAACAAACAAUUAGGCAUUGAUUUGUCUUUCUGCUUCUCACUGUUUUCUGUGAAGAAUGGUGGGUGGUUAAAUUGGUACAGUUCAUAUAUUUUCUAUAAGUGUUUACAUUUCUGGAUUUAUUGUUUCUUAAAUAUUUUGUUUGUACCUCUGAGUUUUGAAUUUUAAAUAAAUGAUUUGUACGUUUGUUGAAAA